UAUCUCCGUACUUGUUCCGCAUGUUGCGGUUACUGCAGACACGUCAGCUCGUAUAAAGCCGGCAUGAUUUAACAGUGUCUCAUCAUUCAGCACAGACGCUGUGGAGACAUCCGAUCGCACACAGUGCAAGUGAAGAAGACACAAGUGGCAGUAUUUUUCCCCUCAAAAGCUGUGUGUGCUGUGCUGAAAAUAAAGUAACAGUUGUUCUCAUAUACUUGGUUCGUAGAUAUCCCAACGGCCAAGAUCGAAAUGGGCACCAGCGAUGCAACGAUGGUUUUCUCAAACGAUACCGAAACAGCCGUGUCCGUCGAGAGUUAUUCUGCGACCGAUUUCUCCAUCAACACAACAACUAUUUCCGGAGUGGAGAACAAUACGAUCAUGGGUGUGAGCACCGCUGGCCCUGUGAGUAAGUCUCUGCAGACCUAUGAGGAGAGAGUAGUUGUUGCCGUGUGUUGGCUCCUGAUUGCCCUGAUCAACAUCAUCGGUAAUACUUUGGUCAUCCUUGCCGUAGUGUUCAGCAAGAAGCUCCGGACUUCUACUAAUGUUUUCGUGAUCAGUCUCAGCGUGGCCGACCUGCUAACCGGCCUGGCGAUACCCAUGAGCGCCGUCGGCUUACUCAGUCCAGGAAACACUUGGCCCUUGUCUACCGAGGCUCCUUGCUACCUAGCCGGCAUGCUGCUCUUCGUCAGCUCCUCGGCUAGUCUCUUCAACCUGGCCUCCAUCGCUCUGAAUAGGCUGAUCCUCAUCAAGCGCCCCAUGACGCUGUAUCGUAGCCUCUACACCAGGCGCAAUCUUGCCAUCAACGUGGCCGUCCUGUGGUUGGUUGCCAUUGCGACCAUGGUCAUCCCACCUCUGUUUGGUGUCGGCGGGUUCGGAUACGACGAGGCGCAUCACACCUGCAGCGACCUGGACACUCAUCCCAGAGCCAAGACCUUCGAGAGGAUCCAGACCUUUCUCUCCUACCCCAUCCCCUUCAUCAUCAUCGUCAGCAGCUACAUUAUGAUCUUCCUGCACGUCCGGCGUCACUUUCAGACCCAGAGAUCCAUGCGAAGUGCCAUCAGCGACACCACCAACGCCAGCUCAAGCAAUGGCAGCUCCAGCUUUGUGGUGUCUGACAACGCCACCGUCUUGAAGACAGCUCAACAUAACCGCAUCUACCGCCAGCAGCUCGAGAUCACCAAGAAUCUCUUCAUGGCCGUCUGCGCUUUCUUCGUCUGCAUCACUCCGUAUUGCGUGGCACUCUUCAUCCCCAACACCGACCGCUACCUGCUGUUCCUGGGCGUGGUCUUCACCUGCAACAGCUGCGUCAACCCGAUCAUAUACGCGUCCAAGCACCCUCAGUUCAAGAAGGUGAUGCGCCGUAUGCUGCAGUGCAGGUAUUCUCAAAUCGAAGAGCCGUCUGACGCACUGAAGGCGCUGAUGGCUUGCCGUAAAACGGUCUAAAUGGAGUACACUUUGAUUGAAUUGGGGAAAAGUGUGACCUCGUUGAUUGGCUUUGUCACUCAGAGGGUCAGGGGUUCGAAUCCUCCUGUCGCUGGUAAUAAUGGUGUGUGUCCUUGCGGGCAAGGCACUUUACUCCCACUUGCCUCCCUCGACCCAGGGGUAUAAAUGGUUACAUGUAUUAGCAGCGGAGUAACCUGCAAUGGACUGGCAUCUCAUC